CCAUGUGGCGGUAAGUCGGAGACUGUUCGCAGCACAUGAACGGAGAAGAUGAGCGCAGGCGGAGCGGGCUUGGGGCUGGGAGCGGGCCGGGACAGGAGCAGUGACGGCCGCAGACUUCACACCUUUCAAAACAUAGAUCCACAGGCCGGGGCGGCGAGAGCUUCCCGGUUACCACAACCCAUGGACCGCAAGGCGCAGUCCGGCGCGGCGGAGCGAGGGCGAUCCAGGGCCGCGGGAGGAGGAGGGACAGGGGCCGGCAUCUGCUGCGAGAAGUGCAACGCCCGGCUGGUAGAGCUGAAGCGCCAGGCCCUGCGGCUUUACGUGACUUCUCGGGGGCUGUUGGCGCACAACGUUACGGACUCUGACAUGUCGGCAUCGCUUGCGGAGAAGCUUCAGAUCCCGGAGGGCUUGCAGAAGGGGUGGAGCGAGGACCACUGCGAGACGUGCGCCACUCACCUGGACCAGCUGAAGCAGGACGCCAUCGCCAUGGUCCAGUCCCUGGACGAGGCCCAGUCCAACCCCGGCAGUGCACCCCUGGGCAACCUCUCCUCCAUUGUGGGAUCCAGGAACAUCGCCGCCUUACAGCGCGGCGGCCACCUGCCCACGCUCAACCCGUCCUCGCACCACCGCGCCACGGGCAGGCACGCGCAGGGGAAGCAGCAGUACCCGGCCCACAGCAUGCUGCCUGUCAGGACCUCACCCUCUGCCGUGGCAGCACACGCACAGCAGCUCCUGGAGGACAACUGGAGCGUCUCCAAGCUGGGCUUCCAGCAUCCACACCUCACACAGGUACAGAUUCACACAGGACUCUGA